UUCACAGAAAAGAUGAGAUAAAAGCCGUUAUCAAUGAGGCCCAUGUAUUGCUGCGUUUAGCGAUUGUAAAUCGAAAAGGUCGAAAAAGCAGGAUGAAAAUUGGUGGUGGAGUGGUCUGUGGAAGUCCACGCGCCGCCGUUCUACCCUCACUGCUCCUCGGCCGCCGUGGAGUCACAAUCCGUUGCGCUUCAUCUUCUUCGACUUCCAACCAUGUAUCAUUCAUCAAGGAUGUUGCGGCAACUGAGCCUCCUCAGCAUUUGUCUAAUUUGUUGAAAAUGCUGAAGACUAGAGGUGAAUCCAUAAUUUCUCCGGGAGCCAAGCAAGGAAUUAUUCCUCUUGCCAUUCCACUGGCUAAAAACAACUCAGGUACUAUAACUGCAUUGCUGCGCUGGCCAACAGCACCCGCUGGGAUGGAAAUGCCAGUAGUGGACGUCAAUAGGAAUGGAGUGUGGCUACUAGCCAAGAACGUGGAUCAAUUUAUUCACAGACUUCUAGUGGAAGAAGAUGCCAAAGGAAGUGGAGAGCAAAAUGAUGAGCUAUUUCUUGCAGCAGCUGAUGCUGGGAAGAAACUUUAUGUAAGGGGUGAUUUUGCUGAAUCUCAGAUCAAAAACAUUGAUGGGUAUUUGCUGAAAAAGGUUGGGAUAUUUCCAGAUAUCAUAGAACGUAAAAUAUUGCGCCAUUUUGAAGAAGGCGAUCUUGUUUCAGCUUUGGUGACGGGAGAAUUCUAUACUAAAAAGGAGCACUUCCCAGGAUUUGCACGGCCAUAUGUAUUUAAUGCAGAGGUUUUGCUGAAGGUGGGACGUAAAACAGAAGCAAAGGAUGCUGCGAGGGGAGCCUUAAAAUCACCAUGGUGGACCCUAGGCUGUAAGUAUGAGGAAGUUGCUAAUAUCGCUCAAUGGGAAGAUGAACAAAUUGAGUAUUUGAAAGAGAAGGUCACAGAAGAAGGAAAGCUAGAAGACCUCAAAAAGGGAAAGGCUCCUGCCCAGGUUGCCUUGGAUCAAGCUGCCUUUUUGUUGGAUUUAGCUUCGGUUGAUGGGACUUGGGACAUCUCUGUGGAGCGUAUUGCUCAAUGUUAUGAGGAGGCUGGCCUUCAGGAGAUUGCGAGAUUCGUACUUUACAGAGGCUGAAUACAAACAGAGGUGCAAAGCGAUGAUUCGCUUCUGGUUAGUCUGGAGCUAAUGGUAUAAGCCUGUGCCAUAUAGAGGAGCCUCUUGCACAUAUUUUGGGUGCUUGAGAGAUUGGCCUGGGUUGGAUUAACAAGUACUCAAGACUUAAAUUGGGUUGCUAGCUACAAUUCACUCACAUGGUUUGGCUUGGUUGGGCUAUGUGGCUUCUACUCUCUUCUAAUUGUGGCAUACAAAUUACAAACCACUUGGGCUAACUGGUUUCCUCCUCACUACUUUACUUUAGUUAAUUAUAAAAUCUCACUUAUAAAAUAGUCCUUCAUGAAAAUUUGAACCUCUAAGAUGUACAUAUUAAUUACUGUGUUAUGCUCCUAAAAGUAGUCAUUAACU